AAAAAUCUCGUCCCCACAAAUAUCAUCUCCUACUCGAUCCACACCAUCGCGUAGUGAGGAGGAGAAGUGGUCGCGGAGCGAUUCGUUUCCCCCCUAAUCUAUCCUCUUUUUAUUUUUUGUGCUAUUUUUGAGCAGGGUUGGUUAGGAUAAAAGAUGAGCACAUUAGAUGCAACUAGAGCAGAGCUUGCUCUCGUAGUUUUGUACUUGAACAAAGCGGAGGCCAGAGAUAAGAUCUGUAGGACUAUUCAAUAUGGAUCGAAAUUUUUGAGCAAUGGACAGCCUGGUACUGCACAAAAUGUUGACAAAUCAACUACCUUGGCACGGAAAGUUUUCCGGCUUCUGAAGUUUGUUAACGAUUUGCAUGCUCUUAUAAGCCCGUCUUCUCAGGAAACUCCACUUCCAGUUAUCUUACUUGGAAAGUCAAAAAACGCAUUGCUAUCAACUUUCUUGUUCCUGGAUCAAAUUGUGUGGGCUGGUAGAACUGGGAUUUACAAGAACAAAGAACGCGCAGAACUAAUUGGCAGGAUUUCACUGUUCUGUUGGAUGGGUUCCUCUGCUUGUGUGACUUUAGUUGAGCUGGCAGAGCUUGCUAGGUUAUCUGCAUCAAUGAAGAAGUUAGGGAAGGAGCUAAAGAAUGCUGAUAAACACAAAGAUGAGCAAUACCGCAACAAAGUGAAAGAGUCAAAUGAAAGGCUACUGUCAUUGAUAAAAGCAUCUAUGGAUAUAGUGGUUGCUGUUGGGCUGCUUCAGCUGGCGCCAAAGAACGUCACUCCGAGAGUGACAGGUGCAUUUGGAUUCAUAACCUCGCUUAUUUCUUGCUAUCAGUUGCUUCCAUCUCGAGCAAAAGCAAAGACAACAUGAGGAUGGUUCCCUCCUGUAUUCGUCACUCUGGAAUAUCAUUGCGAUUAUUAGAAUGAUAUUUAUGCUACACUUUGGAAAAUUAUAGAACAGUGGUAUGAAAGAUGGACAGCUAAUCACUUCAGGCUCUAGAGAUUAUGCUGAAUAUAAAUGGAUACACUUCCUACAGUCUAUCUUCUUUUUCCAUAAGGGUGCGUUUGGUUCGCAUUAUGAAAGAUUACUAGGAAUAAAAGAAAUCCGAGAAUCUUAUUCCUAUU